UUGGCUCUGCUCCUCUGCCGCAGCCCCGUUUGCCCCCGGGGGCCCAAUGCUCUGGUCCUUGCGAUCGCUGGCUGGGCGGUGGGGCCCUCACCCCAGCUCCCCUCCCCCAACUCCGUCGCCCCGCCCCCGCUGGGCUGGGCGGCCGGGUCUGGGGCCGAGCGGAGCGGGUUCUCAUUUAGUAUGGAAGAAGAUGAGUUCUUUGGAGAAAAAACAUUCCAGCAUUAUUGUGCAGAAUUCAUUAAACAUUCACAGAAGAUAGGUGAUGGUUGGGAAUGGAGAGCUUCAAAGGACUGUUCUGAUGGCUACAUGUGCAAAACACAUUUUCAAGUUAAAAAUGGAACUGCAAUGUCACAUCAAGGAACAUCUGCUCAUGUACAGACAUUUCUUCCUGUGGAGGAGGCUGUAGAUCCCCCCCUGGAUGAUUUUGAGGUAACCGAGACCACCACGGCAGCCGAAGUGAUUAAAUAUGAGUAUCAUGUCUUAUAUUCCUGCAGCUACCAAGUGCCUGUGCUUUACUUUAGGGCAAGCUUUUUAGAUGGAAGACCUUUAGCUCUGAAGGACAUCUGGGAAGGAGUUCAUGAGUGCUAUAAGAUGAGAUUGCUGCAGGGACCAUGGGACACUAUUACUCAACAGGAGCAUCCGAUACUUGGACAACCCUUUUUUGUACUUCAUCCCUGCAAGACGAGUGAAUUCAUGACUCCUGUGUUAAAGAAUUCUCAAAAAAUCAAUAGGAAUGUCAACUACAUCACGUCGUGGCUGAGCAUGGUAGGGCCAGCUGUCGGGCUGAAUCUUCCUCUGAGUUAUGCCACAGCAGCCUCUCAGGAGGAAGGCAAUGUCAAUGGACAAGAUUCUUCUAUUGAGCGAAAAAGCUUAGAAGAACACUGAGAGUUUAUGCGGCCGACCCUGGUUUUAAUGGGGCCAGUAUGCAGGUACUGGCCCACAGACUUUAGAAGAUAUAAGAGUGUGGAAAGGGCCAGGAAUAUGUCAAGGAUGAUCUUUGAUUUUUGCCUAACACCGUUCAAAGCAAAACCUGCCAGUAUCCUGAAAAGUUUGAGUUCUGACUUACUGUGUUACUGGGGGCAAGGCACUGCACCUCUCGGAGCCUCUGCUUCCUAACAUAUUAAAUGGAAAGAAGGGUAUUAGAUCAAGUAAAACCAGUUUAUUGGUUUAUGACCAGUAUUUUUUAUGAAACAGAAUAUCUCAAGGAAAAGCAGUCCCUGUGUUUCCUUUACCGUCACAAUGCUAUCAGACUCACAGCACAUCUGGCACUAGAUGUGGGUUUUCCACACAUUGGACACAUCUGCAACACCAGCUAGGUGUUCUCCAGUUCAGUUCAGUUCUCAUAGCGUCUGCCUUAGGUUAGUAACAGCUCCUCCAGGUUAAAUGCUCAGUCCCACAAAACUGCCCCGCUUGAGACACUUGCAGGUCCCAGACUGUCACCCAUAUUUCUAACUGGGCAGCUGUAAGUCAAGGUUCCCAUGACUUCCUCCUUGGGUUUCAGUAAUUUGCUGUAAUGACUCACAGUGCUCAGGGAAACACUUGUGCUUAUCAGUUUGUUAUAUAACAAAACAUGAUAAAGGAUACAGACGAAGAACUGCUCAGGUGAGGUCCAGCAGGAUUCCAAGGGUAGAAUUCCUGUCCCCAUGGAGCUGGGGUGCACCACCCUCUUGCCAUAUAUAGAUGUGUUCACCAACCUGGAAGCUCUUUGAACCAUGAACUUUUGGCAUUUUUGUGGAGGCUACAUAAGCAUGAUCAAUCAUUAACUCCACUUCUAGCCCUUCUCCCUUUCCCAGAUGAUGGAGGGUGGGGCUGAAAGUUCCAAGCUUUUAAUUAUGGCUUGGUCUUCCUGGUAAUCAGGAAGGUCCCUUCCUGAAGCUAUUCAACCAAGAGUCAACCAUUAGCACAAAGCCACUCCUAUCACCUAGGAAAUUCCAAGGCAUUUAGGAGCUCUGUGUCAGGAACUGGGGCAGAGACCAAAUAUUGGGACAAAAGAUGCUCUUCAAGCUUUUACCACUUGGGAGAUUUCAAGAAUUUUUGGAGAUCUGUCCCAGGAUCCUGGGGGCAGAGACUAAUAUAUAUUUUCUAUUAUUUCACAAAUACAUGGAGAAAAAAUACGUUGCACACAGUGAGGGUAUCAUUGUUUUGUGAAACUUUGAUUUCAACUAGAUGCUAGAAAAUCUGUGCGUGUGUGUGUGUGUGUGUGUGUGUGUGCGCGCGUGCGCUGGUUUUGAUGUAAAUGUAGCUGUAACUCCAGGGAGCAGACUGAAGAUUUUAUUUGAAAAUUUGUGGACAAAUAAGCUCCCUUCUAAUUAUAAGACCUCUGCUUCCCUUCUUAUACUGCUGACCUGUAAGUUGCUAAAAGUUGUUUUAGAAGGUAUAGUAAAUACUAACUGUUAGCUUGCCCAUGACACUGGGCUAUGAUGCCAUGGGCACUACUUUGAUAUGCACAUAGGUUCCUGAAGGGUCCCUUAUAGAUUUUUAUAGGAUUUGUCUGUAAAAGUGCUUUCGCAUUUUUAAGUCUUAAAUUUCAUAGUGUGUUCUUUAAAGCAGUUCUGUAAAGCUCUUGUUCUUUUAAUCUGACUUUUGUGUUGUCACUUUCCUGCACUGGAGAAGGCAAUGGCAGCCCACUCCAGUGUUCUGGCCUGGAGAACCCCAGGGACGCGAGCCUGGUGGGCCGCCAUCUAUGGGGUCCGACAUGACUGAAGCGACUUAGCAGUUUGUGUUGUCAAUAGCGACAUCUAGUGAUAAAAGAGCCCUAUUGCAAAUACCUUGUAUUCUAGACAGAGCUGAAAAAUGAUUUUAGAGAUCACCAAGUCCCAUUUUAUAAAUUACUAACGCAAACUAGAAACGCACUUGUAUUUGUACAUUCGUAUAAACUUUACAUGAAAAUAAAUAAAACCUGUGGCUAGGUGGUGAUUUCUUGGGUUACUUUAAAGCUUUUCAAAUACCCAGAGGUCUCAUAGUUACAACUAUGAGGCAGAAAUUAAAGCAGGCUUAACAGAAAAUCAUAGUUCAGUAUAUUUACAGUGUUUGGUGCAUUGGUAUUUACAUGUGCCUGCCAGAUCUUCAGGGUUUAGUAUGGUGGUGGUGGUUGUUUAGUCCUGAUGGGAUUUCCCAGGCAAGAACACGGGAGUGGGUUGCCAUUU